AUGGAGCGGAACAUUGAUAUCUAUGCCAGCAAGCUGGGGGAUGAGAAGCUGGAUAUGAAAAUCCGAGCCAAUGUUGCUGUCGAAUUGCGCGAUAACAUCGAGCCCCUCUGCUCGGGUGCAAGCUACCCGAUAUUUCUUUCUAAACUAUGGCCGGUGUUCAAGAACAUCCUGAGCGGCGAACCGGUGUUUACGAAUCUGUCUCUGGAACAGAAAUUACGAAAUUGUGUCCUCGAAACCUUACACCGACUGCCUACGAUGUCCCCCGAUGUCGAGCCGUAUGCCGCCGAUAUGGUUGAUCUGUUAAUGGACCUUGUGCGGAUCGAAAACGAAGAGAAUGCGGUUCUGUGUAUGAAGACUAUAAUGGAUUUGGAGCGGAACCAGGCGAAGGCGACGAACACAAAAGUACAACCGUUUCUCGAAUUAAUCCAGGAGAUGUUCCAGACGAUGGAGCAGGUUGUCCGUGAUACAUUUGACACCCCGAGUCAGGCGACCCCGUCGGGUAUGCCCUCAACUCCUGGUGCCUCCGUCGCGAAUUUCCAGUCCCCUCGACCCAGCUCGCCCGCUACUUCCGUGCCCGACCUCGGCGCCGAACAGCAGACAUCAAACAAUGUCCUGCUCAAAGGCAUGCACUCGUUCAAAGUACUUGCGGAGUGUCCGAUUAUCGUCGUCUCCAUUUUCCAGACUCACCGGAAUUCCGUCUCAACCAAUGUCAAGCUCUUUGUACCAUUAAUUAAAAGCAUUUUGCUUCUGCAAGCGAAGCCGCAAGAGAAAGCUCAUCUGGAGGCCGCAGAUCAGAAAACCAUUUUCACUGGCGUCUGCAAAGAAAUUAAGAAUCGCGCUGCCUUUGGAGAGUUUAUAACCCUCCAGGUCAAGACCAUGAGCUUCCUCGCAUACCUCCUCCGACUCCAACCGCAUCAGUUGCAGGAUUUCCUUCCUACUUUACCUUCAGUGGUUGUACGGCUUCUCCAAGACUGCCCACGAGAGAAAUCGAGCGCCAGAAAGGAGCUUCUGGUUGCAAUUCGGCAUAUUAUCAACUGUACCUACCGAAAUAUCUUCCUGGAUAAAAUUGACGAGCUUUUGGAUGAGCGAACUCUGAUUGGUGAUGGCCUGACAGUGUAUGAGACAAUGAGGCCUCUGGCAUACAGCAUGUUGGCGGAUCUCAUCCACCAUGUUCGGGAGCAUCUGAGUCGCGAUCAGAUUAAACGGACUAUCGAGGUGUACACUAAAAACCUUCACGAUGAGCUCCCUGGGACCAGUUUCCAAACAAUGAGUGCCAAGCUGCUCUUGAACAUGGCGGAGAAGAUAUCGAAAUUGGAAGACAAGCGAGAAGCUCGCUACUUCCUGUUGAUGAUCCUUGAUGCAAUUGGUGACAAAUUAGCAGCCAUGAACCACCAAUUCCCCAACGUUGUGAAGCUCCACAAGCUAUACCAAGCCACCAAGAAGGAAGAGCCGGGCCCGGAGAAGUACCUGGCUGACAAGGAUCAGCCGCCUGAUUGGGAUGAGAUCGAUAUCUUUUCAGCAUCCCCUCUCAAGACGUCAAAUCCGCGAGACCGUGGAGCUGAUCCGAUAGCCGAGAACAUCUUCCUCUUCAAGAACUUGAUCAACGGCUUGAAGAACAUCUUCCACCAGCUCAAGAAUUGUAACCCUGACGAUGUUCAAAUCGACCCCGCGAAUGUUCCGAUUAAUUGGUCUGAAGUGUCGUACGGUUACAAUGCGGAGGAGGUACGGGUUAUUAAGAAGCUCUUCCACGAGGGCGCUCGAGUGUUCAGAUAUUAUGGCGUUGACCAGCCGGAACCAGAGGUUAACUUCUCGUCGCCUUUCGAUUUUCUCACUAGCCAGUACACGGCUCCUAUGCCCCGCGAGGAGAAGGAACUUCUUGAAAGCUUUGGAACAGUAUUCCACUGCAUUGACACCGCAACUUUCCACGAAGUUUUCCACACAGAGAUUCCAUACCUUUUCGACCUCAUGCUCGAGCAUGGUGCUCUACUGCACCUACCUCAGUUCUUCUUCGCCAGCGAAGCAACUUCUCCUGCAUUUUCGGGAAUGGUCUUGCAAUAUCUCAUGGAUCGCAUUCACGAUGUCGGAACCCCUGAUAUGGCUAAAGCUAGGAUCCUUCUCCGGAUGUUCAAGCUGUCUUUCAUGGCAGUGACCCUCUUCUCCGCACAGAACGAGCAGGUGCUACAUCCCCAUGUGUCUAAAAUUGUCACCAAGUGUCUGGAGCUUUCAGUGACUGCGAGCGAGCCAAUGAACUACUUCCUUCUUCUGCGCUCUCUAUUCCGCAGCAUUGGUGGUGGUCGGUUUGAGCUCUUGUACAAGGAAAUCCUUCCUCUCCUGGAAAUGCUUCUCGAGACCUUCAAUAACCUCUUGCUUGCUGCGAGGAAACCGCAAGAACGGGACCUAUACGUUGAGCUCACGCUUACUGUCCCCGCUCGUCUAAGCCAUCUCCUUCCGCACCUCAGCUACCUCAUGCGCCCCAUUGUUGUAGCCUUGCGUGCAGAAUCUGACCUUGUGGGACAGGGAUUGCGAACACUGGAACUGUGCGUCGACAAUCUUACGGCUGAUUACUUGGACCCAAUAAUGGCUCCUAUAAUGGACGAAUUGAUGACUGCGCUCUUCGAUCAUCUCCGACCGCAUCCCUAUAACCAUUUCCACGCGCACACAACCAUGCGGAUAUUGGGGAAGCUUGGCGGGCGCAACAGAAAAUUCUUGAGCCACCCUCCGGACCUCACUUUCGAACAAUAUGCAGACGAUGCUCCUAGUAUUGAUGUCAAACUUAUCGGUCCUAGCGAAAAGCGGCCAUUCCCCGUCGGGAUUGGUAUCGACCUCGCUGUUGCCAAGUUGAUGGAGGUAUCGAAACACCAGUCGGAUGCGUACUAUAAGCAGCAGGCGUUCCACCUUAUCUCGUCACAGCUCAAACUUUACAUCGGAUAUGAGAAUAUCCCUGAUGACAUGGCCUCUCUUCUGCGCUUGCAUGCCAAUGAUCUCUUUGAGAGCAAAACUUCCGCAAUGGCUGAUAUCCUUGAAAAGUCUGAGCGUUCCAGUUCGAUCCCCAAGAAGCUCGGGCAGGAGGGAACGUUGAAGAAGCUUCUUAAGGCCUCUAUAUUCGCGACAACCCUUCCAGACCUUGCACAAAGUGCAACUGCAUUUGUCGCCGAUGUUUGCAAGCACUUCGCCAUGGUGGAAGUUGGACGCUCUCUUGCACAGGCGAGACAUACCCGCAGGCCAUUUGAUGUCUCUUGUGGGGAAGGUGCAGUGUAUCUUGACUCUCGAGUUUUCGCCGAAGCCGUCGUCGAAUCCCUAUCUUCAGACGACGCCGAAGUUCGCGAUGCAGCCACGGUGGCCCUACAAGUUCUCAAGGAUGCUGCUGUGACCAUAUUUGGAUCCGCUGACAGAGUAACGAAGCUGCCAUUCUUCCAGCACCUUGGUCGUGUUUUCUGCCAUAGCUGUCAUAGCGAGGAAUGGUUCACCAAAGCCGGCGGUAGCCGCGGUAUUCAUCUCUACGCCACUGAGCUGGAUCUCGGUGACGCUUGGCUUUUUGAGAAGCAGGCAGAAUUCGUGCGAGCACUGACAUAUGUCAUCAAAGAUACACCUCCGGACCUCCCUGCCAGUACUCGUGUACGUGCCCAAGACACACUUGACUUGAUUCUCCGACGGUGCUGCAAGAACAUGUCCAAGGAUGAUCUCAAGAAUGAGAAAAGCCGUCUCUACUCGCUGUGCGGGUUCUUCGUCUAUGAGCUUUCUCAUAUGAACAAGCAUGUCCGUGAAGCAUCCCGCCGAAGUUUCUCCACUAUCGCUGAAGGUUUGGGAUGUGAAUUGCAUGAACUCAUCUUCCCGGUGAAGGAUCGUCUUCUGCAGUCUAUAUUCAACAAGCCUCUCCGUGCACUGCCAUUCCCGACGCAGAUUGGCUUUAUUGAUGCAAUCACCUUCUGUUUGAGCCUUCGCAAUGACAUAGUUACCUUCAAUGAGCCGUUGAACCGCCUCAUGCUCGAGUCUCUCGCGUUGGCUGAUGCGGAUGAUGAAAACCUCGCGAGUAAACCAAACGAGUUCAAGAAUGUCGAGAUGAUUGUGAACCUGCGUGUUGCUUGCCUUCGCCUCUUGUCAAUGGCAAUGAGCUUCCCUGACUUUGCCAAUAAUUCGCAGAACACGAGCCGUGCUCGUAUCAUCUCUGUUUUUUUCAAGUCACUUUACGUCAGAUCACCAGAUGUCAUCGAUGCCGCAAAUGCUGGUUUGAGGGAUGUUCUUACUCAGACCAAUAAGUUGCCCAAGGACCUGCUUCAGAACGGCUUGCGCCCAAUCCUCAUGAACCUGCAAGAUCCGAAGCGGCUGAGCGUGGCGGGUCUUGAUGGCCUGGCGAGGCUGCUUACCUUGCUCACCAAUUACUUCAAGGUUGAGAUUGGAGCCCGUUUGCUCGAUCAUAUGAAGGUCAUUGCAGAUGAUGCGGUCCUGCAAAAGGUCUCAUUCAGCCUCGUCGAACAAAGCCCUCCCAUGAAGAUUGUGGCAGCUAUAUUUAACAUCUUCCAUCUCCUCCCCCCUGCCGCCACGUCGUUCAUGGAGCACCUUGUCAACAAGGUUUUGGACUUGGAGGAUAAGCUUCGCAGAACCUCGAGCAGUCCCUUCAGAAAGCCUAUGGUCAAGUAUCUCAAUCGGUACUCGAAGGAAACGCUGUCUUUCUUCUAUGCUCGCUUCAAGGAUGAGCGAUUCGGGCGCUUCUUCGGUCAGAUUCUUACGGACCCGGAAAGUGAGGCCCUUCGUGCUGCAGUUGUUGCAGACACGGAUGGCUUUAUGACUGCUGCCUUUGGACAGGAGCAGGCUGAGGGCAAGAAUACUGCUGCCAUUAAUGGUAUCUAUGCUGUCCACGCAAUCUCAUUAUACGCGUCAACAAAAAACUGGCUUGUGUCUCAUGCGGACCUACGAAGCAAGGUCCUUGCGUCUGCGCGAGAUCUCCAGCGGAAGUUGCGUAAUGAUAAACUUCAACCCAGCGAGCGUCUGAGAGUCGAGCAAGCCGAAGAUCAAAUUAUGAAGAUCAUCACUAUCUACCUGUCGGAGUCGAUGCAGGACCUCGACUUCCUCUUCGAAGUGAUUGAUGGAUUGUCUGCAGGUGACCUCAAGCGGGGCCUUGAAUUCCCGAAAUUCAUUUACCAUCACAUCAUCACCAACGAGUCAAUUGACUACCGACGAUCCGUGAUAAUGCGUUGCCUUGAUCUCUAUGGCCAGCGUUCAUGCUCGCAGAAAAUGAAGACCUACGCAUUCCGCCACCUUGUCAACCCGAUCUUCGCCAUGGACGUUCAAUUGACGUGGGGCAGCUCCGCUGAUGGGCCGAAGCUGAUGGACAAGAGUAUGACCGACUCUAUCCAGAACCGCCUUUGGAAGCCGCAGGUUGCAGACCUUAGUGAAGAGUCAAGCCAGGCAGGUGUUGAUCACUCUCGCAUGGAACUUCUUCAGCUAUCUGCACUGUUGAUCAAGUACCAUUCUGUUACUGUACAAGAUUCACGCAAGGAUAUCAUCAAGUUCGCUUGGAACUACAUUCGUCUGGAGGACAUCAUCAACAAAUACGGUGCCUAUGUUCUCAUCAGCUAUUUCAUCGCACAUUACGACACGCCGUUCAAGAUUGUUGUCCAGGUGUAUGUGGCACUCUUACGGGCUCACCAGAACGAGGGCAAAGCACUUGUGACGCAGGCUUUAGAUGUGCUUGCUCCUGUUUUGCCUCCCAGGAUCCUGUCGGGCGGUCCCCCAACGCAAACACAGGACACGAGGUACCCGCUAUGGGCUAAAUGGCCGCGCCGUAUUCUUGCCGAGGAGACUGCCAACCUUCAACAAGUCAUGAGCAUUUUCCAAUUCCUCGUGCGACAACCGGACCUGUUCUAUGAAUCUAGAGAGCAUUUUGUACCUCUUAUCGUUCCUUCCCUAAGCAAGAUUGCAUCUCCGCCAAACAACCCUUCGCACGACAGCAAGAGACUCGCUCUUAACCUGAUUAACUUGAUCUGGAUCUGGGAAGAAAAGCGGGUGAAAUGCAGUAGUCCUGCGCCCACGCAAAAUGGUGCAAUGGAAUCGCCAAACGCGAAGAAGCGUAAAUUAGAUGACGCCCAGGGCACAUCUUCCCCUUCUCCUGCCAUCGCUCCGCCUGGCUCGCGUGAGCGAUCCGAAUACACGGUUCCUGCUGACCUGCGCGCUGCUUUGACAAAGUAUCUCAUCAACUUCAUUACCACAUCCAACGAUAGGUUCCAGGUGCCGGCCGCCCGGUUCCGUGAGCUUCAAACUUCCAAGACCCAAGGCCCGGUGCACUCGAGUGAAAUGCAAAAGAAAGCAGUUGGAUUGCUCAGGAAUCUUAUGUCACCACCUUAUUGGGGUGACCUGAACAUUGAGCUCUACCCGAAGGUUAUUGAACCCAUCCUUACCCAAGAUCGCGGCGACAAGCCUAUUGAGAAGUAUAUUACGGGUAUAGUGAAUGCUUUGCAGGUUGUACGCAUUCUGAUCGCAUCCAAACCGGACGAUUGGGUUGCUGCGCGCGCCCCUGCAGUUCAGAAACUUUUCGAGAAGCCACUCCGUUCGGACAACCCGGAGGUGCAAGAUUCUCUCCACGGCCUAGAGACAGAUAUGGACAUUGAACCCAAACUUCCGCCUCCCGUCCACCGAGCCCUCAGUGCCCUACCAGAUGACCAGCCAGAAGACGAAGAUGCAAUGGAUAUUGAACAUUCACCCUCCGAGUUUGUUACGUACCUCUCUGCGAUCGCAACCGAGACCCUAUCCGCCAAUAAUUACAUCUCGAGUCUGAAUAUUCUCUGGUCACUCUCCAAGAGCAAGCCGGCAGAAAUGGAUUCCCAUAUCCCACAGGUCAUGAAGGUAUUCUCGCAGAAAUUGGCGAAAGACCAUGUCGCAGGUGCUGGCACAAACGGCCAAGCUCAGAAUGGGGCUAAGCCUGCGGAGGGUGCCCCAGACCCUCAAGAAUACGAGAUCGGUGUCGACCUCAUUUUCAAGACCAUUGAGUUGAUAUCGGUCCGUAUGUCUCAUUUGGGUGAACAGCGCCGCCCGUUCUUGAGUGUACUAGCCCAGCUUGUUGAGCGAUCCCAAAACGAGGGGCUUUGCACCAAGGUAUUGGAUAUGGUCGAGACUUGGAUCUUCCACUCUACUGAAUCAUGGCCUACCCUGAAAGAGAAAACCGCCGUCCUUCACAAAAUGCUGCUCUUUGAAAACCGACAGACGCCCGACAUGCUACAUAAAUUCCUUGAACUUGUGAUUCGGAUUUAUGAGGAUUCGAAGAUUACUCGAACUGAGCUGACCGUCAGGCUUGAGCAUGCAUUCCUAAUUGGUACGCGAGCCAAGGAUGUGGAGACGCGAAAUCGCUUCAUGACUAUCUUCGAUCGAAGCUUGACGCGCCUGGCAAGCUCUCGGUUAAGCUAUGUAUUGACUUGCCAGAACUGGGACACACUUUCCGACUCGUUCUGGCUCGCGCAAGCUUCGCAUUUGAUCAUGGGCUGUGUGGACAUGACCGCUCCAGCUCGUCUCCAUCCUGACGACUUCACAGUGUAUCCACUCUCAUUUUUGUUUGGCAAUGCUGAGAAGGACCCGCGUCGUGCGGAGAUCAUGGUCGACAAUCAAUUGGAGUCAUUUAUCGCUGAGCGCAAGCGAUUUCUCGGUGAAAUUGCUGAGGUCAAAGCCCGUGACCUGAUCGAGCCCCUCACUCAACUCCAGCACACCGACAACACUACGGCUUACAACAUAUGGACAGCGCUCUUCCCGAUGUUCUGGUCGAUUCUAUCGCGGGAAGACCGCAUCGAUCUGGAGAAGGGUAUGGUGAGCCUCAUCACGCGCGAGUACCAUCAGAGACAGGUGGAUAAGCGACCAAAUGUCGUCCAAGCGCUGCUUGAAGGUGUCGUUCGUGCAACUCCUCGCUUCAAGGUCCCUCCGCACGUUUUGAAAUACCUCAGCCGUACCUACGAUGCUUGGUAUACGGCCGCCACUUAUUUGGAGGAAUCAAGCAUCAACCCGAUCAUCGACACACCAACCGUUCGCGAGAGCAACCUUGAUGCAUUGGUGGAAGUGUAUGCCGGCUUGCAGGAAGACGACUUCUUCUACGGUACUUGGCGAAGACGAUGCAAGUUUGUGGAAACCAACGCAGCCCUCUCCUAUGAACAACAGGGGAUGUGGGAUAAAUCUCAGCAGCUCUACGAGAACGCCCAAAUUAAAGCCCGUUCCGGAUCAAUGCCAUUCUCUCAAGGCGAAUACUAUCUAUGGGAGGACCACUGGCUCAUUUGUGCGCAGAAACUGCAGCAGUGGGAUAUUCUUAGCGACUUCGCUAAGCACGAGAACCUGAACGAUCUGCUUCUAGAGGCUGCCUGGAGAAAUAUUGAAAACUGGCAGAGCGAAAACAACAGAGAGCAGCUCGAGUCUCUUGUGAAGUCUGUCUCCGACGCUCCUACUCCUAGGCGUACCUUCUUCCAAGCUUUCAUGGCACUUUUGCAGUUCCACAACAAGAAGGAGAACAUCCUGGAGUUCAAUGGUGUUUGCGAUGAGUCAAUCCAGCUAUCCAUUCGCAAGUGGCUGCAAUUACCUAAGAGUAUCACCAAUGCCCAUCUUCCAAUCCUGGAGCACUUCCAGCUUCUGGUCGAGCUUCAUGAUGCGAGCCACAUCUGCUCUAGCUUGUCACAAACCAACGAGCGCAACCUCGACACCAAGUCUGCAGAGCUGAAGUUGCUCCUUGGAACCUGGCGAGACCGUCUUCCCAACCUGUGGGAUGAUAUCAAUGCUUGGCAAGACUUGGUUACAUGGCGACAGCAUAUCUUCCAGCUUAUCAACGCAACGUACCUUGGAUUGCUGCCUCCUCAGACGAACAACGUCGCCAGCAACUCGUAUGCGUACCGAGGAUACCACGAAACAGCCUGGAUUAUCAACCGCUUUGCUCAUGUCUCCCGAAAACACCAAAUGCCCGAGGUUUGUAUCGCCCAGCUGAGUCGCAUCUACACUCUCCCGAACAUCGAGAUUCAAGAAGCGUUCUUGAAGUUACGCGAACAGGCCAAGUGUCACUACCAAAACCCGAAAGAACUUAACAGCGGACUGGAUGUGAUUAACAAUACGAACCUCAAUUAUUUCGGCGCGCAGCAGAAGGCUGAGUUCUACACCCUCAAGGGUAUGUUCCUUGCCAAGCUGGACCACGUCAGCGAGGCCAAUGAGGCUUACGGUGUUGCUCUGUAUUACGACUUAAGACUGGCCAAGGCGUGGUCGGAAUGGGGUCAGUACAGUGACCAGCGAUUCAAGAGCGAUUCCAACGACUAUGAGCUUGCCAGCAAUGCUGUCAGUUGUUAUCUUGAAGCUGCUGGACUAUAUAAGAGCUCCAAGUCCAGAAAACUACUUAGCCGGAUCCUAUGGCUACUCAGCUUGGAUAACGAUGAGGGUGCGAUCGCGACUGCCUUUGAGAAUUUCAAGGGCGAAACACCUGUCUGGUACUGGAUUACCUUUAUCCCCCAGUUACUGACAAGCCUGUCCCACCGCGAAGCUCGCCUAUGCAAAGCCGUGUUGGUUAAGAUCGCCAAGCUGUAUCCUCAGGCUCUCUUCUUCCUCCUUCGUACCAACCGUGAGGACAUGCUCAAUGUCAAGAAACAACAUGACCAGAAACAGGAGAAGCUCAACCGUGCCCGCCAGCAAGCUUCCCCGCAGACCAAGAAUACACAGGGUGCGAAUUCUACGCAGAACGCAACCGGGACUCCUACUACUCCGGCGCAGAGUUCCCCUAAUCGACCUGCCAGUCAACAGCCUCCACAGAAUCAAGCCCAGGCGCAGGGACAGACGCAGCCUCAGCAACAGGGGCAGCCCCAAGCCCAGGCCCAGGUUAAUGGUCAGAGCCCCGCCCAGAAGCCUGCACAGUCUCCGGCUUCUGGCCAAGGUGCCGCGCAAGGCCAGCCGCAACAACAACAGGCACAGGGACAGCAACAACAAGGACAGCAACAGACAAACUUGCAAGUUCCUGGACAACAAGGGCAACAGAACCAGCCGGCACAGAAUCAGACUACUGGAACUGAGGGUGAAAAGGAGCCCCUUAAGAAACCUUGGGAGUAUUCUGAUGAGAUCAUGUCCGGUCUCAAAACGGCAUUCCCCUUGCUUGCUUUGUCAAUGGAGACGAUGGUUGAUCAGAUCCACAAGAACUUCAAGUGUCCGCCUGAUGAGGACGCAUACCGUCUCAUCGUCGCUCUGCUGAACGACGGCCUAGCCUACGUCGGCCGCAUGCCCGGCUCGUACGCGCAGGACUUCAAGCUCCCCCCGGCGACUGAAGCGAAUAUCACCCGAUUUGCCGAAACAAUUCUCCCGGCUCAUAUUCGCAAGUCUUUCGAAGCCGAUUUUGUCAUCAAAAAACCCACCAUGUACGAAUACAUCCACAAGCUUCGCCGCUGGCGUGACAAGUUCGAGGAGAAGCUUGACCGCCGCCCUCAGGUUCAAUUCCUCGAGACCUACUCCCCACACCUGAGUGAAUUCCGAUUCCUAAAGUUCGAUGAGGUUGAGAUCCCGGGGCAAUAUCUGCAGCACAAGGAUAAGAACCAGGAUUUCAUUAGAAUCGAUCGGUUCUUGCCAGACAUUGACCUCGUACGCGGUAUUGGGGUCUGCCACCGUCGCCUUAAGAUCCGUGGCCACGACGGCAGCGUCCACCCGUUCGCUGUGCAACAUCCUGCCGCGCGCCACUGCAGACGCGAGGAGCGGAUCCUGCAAUUGUUCCGCAUUUUCAAUGGAGUGCUGGGCAAACGCAAGGAAAGCCGCCGGCGCAACCUGAACUUCCAUCUGCCUCUCAUGGUUCCUUUGGCUCCCCACAUCCGCUUGGUCCGCGACGACCCGUCAUACAUAUCCAUGCAGGGUAUUUACGAGGACUACUGCCGACGGGUUGGUUUCAACAAGGACGAGCCUGUUAUGUUUACAAUGGAGAAGAUGAGGGCUUUGGCAGAGACAAAACAGAAUCGCACUACCGAACAACAACAAGUUCUUCGGACUGAGAUGCUCACGGCCAUCCAAGAGAAAUGGGUUCCUCCUACAAUGGUGCUGGAAUACUUCCAGAAGACCUAUCCCAACUUUGCGGACUUCUGGCUCUUCCGCCGCCAGUUUGCUUAUCAAUACGCAGCAAUCGCCUUCAUGACCUACAUGAUGCACAUGGGCAACCGGUACCCGAACAAGAUCAUGAUAUCGCGCUCGACUGGUGACAUUUGGGGAUCCGAGCUCAUCCCUAUUAUCAACCCGAACAAGGCUUUCUUCUUCAAUCCAGAGCAGGUGCCUUUCCGCCUCACUCCCAAUAUUCAAACCCUGAUGGGCCCGAUUGCAACUGAAGGUCUCUUCGCUUGCGCAAUCAUGGCUAUUGCUCGCUGCCUGACAGAGCCGCGCCAUGAGCUCGAGCAGCAACUCAGCAUCUUUGUUCGUGAUGAAAUGAUGUUCUGGGCCACUACCCAUCACCGUGAUCGUGGCGUCCUUUCCGCACAACAACUUCGAGACUUGGUUUACAACAAUAGCGAUAUCAUUGUCAACAGGGCCAUCAGCCUUGCCAGCCCACCGGAAGGCAACCUACCUGCAAACCAAACCACCAUUGAUCUCAUCUCCAAGGCUGUGAACCCGCAGCACCUGGCCAACGGCGAUGCUUUGUGGAUGCCGUAUCUCUAA